AUUUUAAAGCCGGCGGUGCUCAUCAUCUUUUGAUAAUGGGCACGUGAUCCCAUGCAUGGAGUCAACCUCACGAUAUUUCCACCCCACCCCCCUUUUGACAGGUAAACCGUACGCGUCGCCCGCCAGGCCGCCAGUUGUAUAUCUUCGCGCCCCAGAAUAAAAUAUCUUCAUCUGGUGAAUCUGGUCUCAUUCUCAUGCGAUCGCUGCCGUAACAGGAAACAAACCCCUCUUCUCGUCCACUAAUUCCCGUCGCCGAUCCAAUCCCUGGCCGAUCGCCGUCGGCGUAAGGAGAGACAAUUCGUGCUCCGACGCCGGUGAAAAACUUUGUCAUGAAUUCCGAAUAUGAUUAUUUGUUCAAGCUUUUGCUAAUUGGAGAUUCUGGAGUUGGAAAGUCAUGUCUUCUUCUGAGAUUUGCUGAUGAUUCAUAUCUGGACAGUUAUAUUAGCACAAUUGGUGUCGACUUUAAAAUACGCACCGUGGAACAAGAUGGAAAGACCAUUAAACUUCAAAUUUGGGACACUGCUGGACAAGAACGCUUCAGGACAAUCACUAGCAGUUACUAUCGUGGGGCGCAUGGUAUUAUAAUAGUGUAUGAUGUAACGGACCAGGAGAGUUUCAACAAUGUUAAACAAUGGUUGAAUGAAAUUGAUCGUUAUGCCAAUGGGAGUGUAAACAAACUCCUUGUUGGAAAUAAGUGUGACCUCUCUGCUAAUAGAGUUGUAUCCUACGAAACGGCCAAGGCAUUUGCGGAUGAAAUUGGCAUUCCAUUCAUGGAAACAAGUGCAAAAAAUGCAACUAAUGUUGAGCAGGCUUUCAUGGCCAUGUCCGCUGACAUCAAGGACAGGAUGGCCAGUCAACCGUCUAUGAACGCGAAGCCAACCACAGUGCAAAUACGAGGGCAACCUGUUGGCCAGAAGUCUUCGGGCUGCUGCUCCUCUUAGUUGGCUAAUUCCUCUGUUUUUCCAAAGGCUUUGUAACCUGUAUCACUACCAUUUUCAAAAUAAAAUCCUCACUUCAUUUGAUUGGUAUCCUAAAUUCGAAUCUGUUUCUCAAACUUUGACUCUUCUGUAUUUCAAAAUUUCAGUUUUAGCGUAUCACAGGAAGGCGUUGUCAUGUGGUUUUCUAAUACUCCGUAGUAUAUUUUACAUUUAUGUGAGUCUCGGUAACAAAACAUAAAUGUAUUAAGUAGAAGAUAGGAGGUUGUUUAUUAAUGAUUACAUUACUUGAGUUUUC